GUUUCAUCAAUUGUAGCAUAGCAGAGGCACGCUGUCCUCUAACCUACAGAGUCACAGUAGUUGUUGGCGUGGGACUCAUGAUGGCAAACGCGCUCAGGUUAUUGUUCAAGCAACUGGUUUGGUUUUUACUUGUGGAAAACUUCUUAAUCUCUCCUGCUUUGUCAUAUACUUAUAGCACUGACACAUGGCAACAACUUCCAAGGCGAACACCGCAAUUUGACAAUCGUCCCCGCUUUAAACAGCCUCCACUCCAACAAACAGUUUCAAGGCCAAUUCGAGUAGAAACUGUCGCUGUGACGUGCCAUUCAGACUACAUGGAGAUAGUCGUGAAGGCUGAUCUGUUUCAACUCGGUAAUCUAAUCGACGUGGAUGACCUGCGACUUGGAGUUGAACAGUACCAAGACCAAGAGCCCUGUAGGGCAACAGCGUCAGCAGCCGGAGAUGAGUACAGAAUAUUUGCAGCACUUUCGGACUGUGGAACCAAGAACCUGAUAACCGAAGACUCAUUGAUCUACACAAACCUCCUCAGAUAUACACCCAGAACCACACCAGAUGGGGUUAUUCGAAUGGUUGGUGCUGUAAUCCCAAUUGAGUGUCAUUAUGAAAGGAAGUACAGUUUGGACAGUUAUUCUCUCCAGCCGACCUGGAUCCCUUUCACCGCCACAGUGUCUGCUGAAGACACCCUGCAGUUCUCAUUGAAGCUUAUGACAAGUGACUGGCUCUAUGAGCGGGGUUCUGGAGUCUACUUCCUGGGUGAUCCCAUCAACAUUGAGGCGUCUGUCAGGGUUGCUCACCACACCAGGCUCAGGGUGUUUGUUAGCAGCUGCGUGGCCACACUGGACCCUGAUAGCAACUCUGUCCCUAGAUAUGUCUUCAUUGAGAGUGAUGGGUGCUUGACGGAUUCCCAGCUGCCUGGUUCCCGCUCUGGUUUCAUGCGUAGAACCCAGGACAACGAGCUCGGGUUCCACAUUGAUGCCUUUAGGUUCUACCAGGAGGACGGGGCAGAGCUGUACAUCACCUGCCACCUUAUGGCAGUCCCUGUCAUGGACCAUGCAGAGCCUAGCAACAAGGCAUGCUCCUUCAUUGAUGGCAGAUGGAGGUCUGCUGAUGAGAAUGAUUUGCUAUGUGGGCAUUGUCUAAGCCUGAGUAGACAGAAGGGGGUUGAUCAAGCUCCAGCACAACGUCCCCUCAGUCCAAGACUAGGUGGUAGCCAACUUGAACCUCGUAUCUACCGCAACAAACCCCCAGUCUCUGGUGACAAUUGGAGUAUUGGGAUGAAGGCCAAGAAAGUAUGGGGCCAGGAUACUACUUUGGGCCCCAUAAUGGUCCUCCCAAGUAAACAGAAGCGUACAUCUCUAUCUCACGGAUGA